GUCAGUAGCAGUCGCUAUAGUCAGGAGGAACGGGACGCCAAGGUCUAAGUAAAGUAGUAUGUAUAAGAUGAAGCUCGGAAUGGGAAUCAUUGUCCUCAUUUCGCUCGUGCUGCUGUUGGUGUUGUGCGCCCCAUUUUCUUCUUCAAAACCCAAUGACCCAUUCCUCGGAAUCGCUCCCGAAGAUGACAAGUAUUACAAGUCAUCAGAUGUAAUAAGAUGUAAAGAUGGAUCUGGAAAAUUCACCAAAGCUCAGCUCAAUGAUGAUUUCUGUGACUGCCAUGAUGGCACCGAUGAACCUGGUACAUCAGCAUGUCCGGGUGGAAAAUUCUUUUGCAGGAAUUUAGGACAUGUUUCUGUUUAUCUGUUUUCAUCUAGAGUGAAUGAUGGAAUUUGCGAUUGCUGUGAUGGAACUGAUGAAUAUGAUGGUAAAGUAAAGUGCCCAAAUACCUGCUGGGAGGCUGGGAAAGCUGCUCGAAAUAAGCUGAUGAAAAAGAUUGCUACAUAUCAAGAGGGUGUCAAAUUGCGAAAGCAAGAAGUUGAACAAGCUAAAUUAGAUCUGGCGAAGGAUGAGGCAGAACUUUCAAAAUUGAAAAGGGAAGAAAGUAUACUUAAAGGAAUUGUGGAACAGCUGAAGGAGCAUAAAGAACAAAUAGAGAAGGAAGAGGAGAAGGAGCGUUUACAGAAGGAAAAAGAAGACAAGCAGAAAAAAGAGUCUGAGGAGAAGGCUAAUGAAGGAAAGAUUAAAGCUGAUGAGGAAGAUAUGGGGCAUAAAAAUGAAGCUGGAAAGCAUUCAGAUGUUGAAGACAAUACUGUGGCAAGUAAUCAUGAUAAAAUUGGAAUUCUGGAAGAUUCUCCUGCAGAUCAGGAUGAAGCAGUGGACAAGUCAGAUGAUGUACUUGAUAAUUAUGAUGGAGCCACUGAUAGUCCUGGAAGUGAAGGAUCGUUGCUUAACAAAGUGGAAGAGUUGAAUAAAAAUUUUAAUGCAAAAGAUGCUGAGGGAGAACCUGCUGUUAAAUCUGAAACUGAUUUUAAAGUUGGAAAGAAAGAGUCUUCUGAUGAAAUCACCAAUAUGGUGAAUGAUGUAUCUGAAAAUACUGAGGGGUUAUCGAAGGAGGAGUUGGGCCGGCUUGUUGCUUCUCGCUGGACAGGAGAAAAUAUUGGUAAGCAAAGUGCUGAAGCUGAUACCACAUUAGACAACGAAAAUCAGGAAGAUCUUCCAAAGGGGGAAAAUAAUGAGGAAGAUGAAGGCUAUGCUUCUGAAACUGAUGAUGAAAGCCACAAAUAUGAUGAAGAUGAAAUUGAUGACGAAUAUCGAGAGGACGAGCAUGAGGACUUUAGUUCCUCCUACAAAUCUGACACUGAUAAUGAACCAGACUUCUCAGAUGGUACCACAACGGAUAAUCCUUCUAUGUUAGAGAGAAUACAGAAAACUGUACGGAGCAUUUUUAAGGCUGUUAAUGUAUUCCAGACUCCAGUGAAUCAGUCAGAUGCUGCUCGUAUACGCAAGGAAUAUGAUGAAUCAAGUACCAAGUUGUCUAAAAUGCAGUCUAGAAUAUCGAGUCUGACGCAAAAGCUAAAACAGGAUUUCGGUCCAGCGAAGGAGUUUUAUUCAUUCUAUGAUCGUUGCUUUGAGGGCAAGCAGAACAAGUACACUUACAAAGUCUGCCCCUAUAAACAGGCUUCUCAGGAGGAGGGCUAUUCCACCACCCGUUUGGGGCGCUGGGACAAAUUUGAGGAUUCAUACAGAGUAAUGGUGUUUUCUAAUGGUGAUAAAUGCUGGAAUGGUCCUGAUAGGAGUUUGAAGGUCAAGCUAAAAUGUGGGUUGAAAAAUGAGAUUGCAGAUGUAGAUGAACCAAGCCGUUGCGAAUAUGUAGCUUUACUAUCUACCCCAGCCCUUUGUCAUGAGGAAAAGCUGAAGGAGUUACAACACAAGCUAGACUUGUUAAAUUCGGAACAACCAGAAAACCAUGAUGAGUUAUGAACAACUGGGAUGGAUUUUAACAGGUAGUACGAAGGUCAUCGAGCAACUGAAGUAUUGGUGCCCUUAAGUUUUGUAUGCUAGAUCUUACCCAAGUGUGAUAUUGGUUGGGGUUAGGGAGGGGCUAGGUAAGGAACGGGUUUGACUUGGGUUUGGUAAUCCUCAUUUAUGGCUGGUCCGAGUUGGUAACAUUCUAUUAUGACUAAUCCCAUCCCACAUUUUUCUUUUAUUGAACUAACAUUUACUACCUGGUCUCUGUGACUCCCCUUGAAAUUGAACAUUUCAUUACAAAGGAUGGAUCUUUAUACUAAGCAAAAUACUAGACAGCGGGAAAUUCUGAAGUCAAAAUUUUUGUUAGAAUGAGUUGACAUUGGAUUUUUAGAUGGAUAAGUGGUUCCGAGU